AUGAAGCUCGACGCAAAAGCGAUUCGUUACCUCACCUCGGAGGACUUCCGGGUGCUUGCGGGGGUGGAAGCUGGUAGUCGCAACCACGAAGUGGUUCCAACGCCGCUGAUCGUGCAGCUCUCCGGCCUGCGAGGCGGUAGUGGCGUGCAUCGGUCGAUCUCGGUUCUGGCGAAGACGAACUUGAUCGCCAAGGUGAAGAAUGCGAAAUGUACGUUCUACAGGGAAAUUCGAACUACUCAGCUGCUGACCCUCCAUCCUUCUCGCGCAGAUGAUGGCUACCGGCUCGCCUAUGGCGGACUCGACUACCUCGCGCUCAAUGCGCACCAGAAACAAAAAUGCAUCUACUCAGUCGGCAACCAGAUCGGCGUGGGCAAGGAAUCCGACAUCGUCGUCGUAGCACACAGCAGCGGCGCCCAACGAAUUCUCAAAAUCCACCGUCUCGGCCGCAUCUCCUUCCGAACUGUCAAGACGAAUCGCGACUACCUGCGCCACCGCAACACGGGCUCGUGGAUGUACAUGUCUCGCCUAGCGGCGAUGAAAGAGUUUGCGUUUAUGAAAGCGCUGCGCGAGAACGGAUUCUCCGUGCCCGAGCCCAUUGCCCAAAAUCGGCAUACCAUCGUUAUGAGUCUGAUUGAUGCUUUCCCGCUCCGCCAAAUAUCCAAGGUCCCUCGCCCCGCGGAGCUGUACUCGGAGUUGAUGGACAUUAUUCUAGAGUUGGCGCGGUUCGGCCUGAUUCAUGGUGACUUUAACGAGUUCAAUAUCUUGAUCAAGGAAGAGGAGGAUCCGAAUGCGAAAGGCAAAGCACCUGCGAACGCGGAUGACGAGAACGAUGAGAAUAUUCGACUUGUGCCUGUGCUUAUUGAUUUCCCGCAAAUGGUAUCCAUCGACCAUGUCAAUGCGGAGAUGUACUUCGACCGGGAUGUCAACUGCAUCAAGAGGUACUUCCAGCGCAAGUUUCACUUUGUCAGUGAUGUUCCGGGACCGUUCUUUGCCGAUGCGAAGAAAAAUAUGCUCAAGAAUCCGGGGAAGCGGUUGGAUGUGGAAGUGGAGGCGUCGGGUUUCUCGAGGAAGAUGGCCCGCGAACUGGAGGCGUACAUGAAGGAAGUUGGUGUUGACGGAGAUGCGGGUGCAUCUCGAGAUGAUGAUGAAGAUGAAGAUGAAAACUCAGAUGCGGAAGAGGAGGGUUCUGAGGAGGAUCACAGCGAUGGACAACCGGAGGAGGGAACGGGACACUCGGAUAGCCUUGACGACAGCUCCCGGCGAUUGGAGGAGCUGCGGGUUUGA